CGCAUUAAACACACCGCGUUUGACGCUACUGUGUUUGGCUAACCGAAUUCAUACGUGAAUCUGUUACAAUGUUGCUAUAUCUUUUUGUGUGUUUGUCUGUGAUAUUUCAGGGGACAUUGCAAUUGGUACCUUUACCCGAUUUUAUCCACCCAUGCGCGGAGCUGACAGAUGAAUGUUUCACCAAAGCAACCCUGGAUGCUCUACCUGGAGUGGUGAAAGGAAUCCCAGAGGCUGGUAUCCCUUCACUGGACCCUCUCUAUCUAGACAAGAACAUUACUAUGAACCUACCGGGAAACGUUAAGAUGACAUUCCACAACGGGAAGCUGGUUGGACUCAGCACGUGUAUUCCGGAUAAAGUGUCAUCACGCCGGGAGAAACGCACAUUUGUCUUCGACAUCCACUGCAACUUCACGAUUCGGGGACAGUACAGCAUCAAAGGCAGGAUCCUGCUAUUCAAUCUGGACACCGACGGCAGCGCCAAAAUAAAAAUCUGGAACCAGCGUAUUAGAUUGGAUGUAUUAGAAAAGGUCGUGAGAAAUGAGCAAGGUGAAGGACAUUAUAAAAUCAACUCCUACAAGUAUAAAGCGGACUACGGCACCGACCUCAAACUAAAUCUCACCAAUCUAUUCAGAGGCAGCCCUGAAAUCAGUGCAAAUAUCCUCGAGGUGCUAAACUCUAAUUCGCAGUUGGUUGCGCAAGAGUUCGGCGGCCCUAUACUCGACUACGCUAUCGACUACGCAAUGAAUGUCACUCAACGAUUCUUUAGCACUUACACGUACAACCAACUCAGUCACGUUCCGCUCACCGAAGAGUUCUUCGAGAAAAGUUAACUUCUAGAAUAUAUUUACUUAAGAUAUAUAAGUAAGUGUAAAAUUUGAUUGGGCUUUAUUUAUUCACACGAACGUUGUCAUUUAAGAUUAAACUGGCCACCAUGAAACUAUGUAAUUCUUCAUCAAAAAAAUAUUUAUUGCAGAAGAUCUAACAGUUUCAACCUCGUUUCAUAACGUUAAUUAUGCCUGAGAGUAUUUAUCCAAAGGUGAGGGCAAUUAUACGAGACAUAUGUGUUUUUUGUGGUAAGUGGGUAACAAAAAUUGAGUAAGCAUUUUGAUACUUCAAACAUACAAUUUAACAAUAACAUCUGUUGCAUAUUUUCAAAGUUAAAAUUACUCUAAUAUGUAAAAGAAUACGGCGUAAGGAAUUACUAUCAUAAACAGGCUAGAUAGUUCUCAAAUUUGUAAAAUAAAACUGUGCAUUACUUUUUUUUUUGAAUAAACAAAACUCUACAAAGUCAAAACUUUUUCAAGUACAGUAAGAAAAAAAAUAAUUCUCAAUACCGACGGCCAUUUACACCUGAUACCGUCUCCAGUUCGUUGAAUUCCCAAUUUCGUUUGUUUAAAAGUCUGAAAACGAUCCUAUUGAAUAAUUUAAUCAAAUCUCUGACAAAAUUAAUAAUACUGGAAAUAUUUUACACUAAAAAUAUAAAAAUAUUUGAAAACAGAUGUAAGGAAUUCAAAAGAUUUUCUAUAUUUUUUAUUUAAAAUGUAUGGAAUGGAAUGAAUUUAUAUAAUGUAAGGAAAAAGAGGUCUGAAUUAAAUAAAAUUAUAAGUUAUAAUUACAUAAUUAGUAGAUAGUAUAAUUAAGUUACAUAAUAUUCUAUUAACCCCAAAAGUCAACAACUGCUAAAUGUUGCUCGAAAUCUUAAUAUUGCCAAACUGUAACAUUUUGUAAUGCUCGAGUUAUAUUAAUUCGUGUAACGUAAUAUAAUCUUUGCAUACUAACGGCCGUUUUCAAUAAGCUAUCUAUCCUUAGUUUAACAAACUAGAGGUAGAAACUAUAGGAUACCAUUAACAUAACUAUAUUGGACGUAACUAUGGAUAAAUAAGAUCUUGUCAUUAAGCAGUGACAGCAAUGUAUCCGUAAGUUAAACUAAGGAUAGAUAGGUUAUUGCAAACGGCCGUAUAACUAUAUUGGACAUAACUAUGGAUAGAUAAGAUUUCGUCAUUAAGCGGUGACAGCAAUGUAUCCGUUAGUUAAACUAAAGAUAGAUCUUUCAUAAAGUCUUUUUUCCAUUUAUUGUUCAAAACAAAAACAUACAAAAAAAAAGGUAAAGUACCACGAAAACCCCAAAGGGUUUAGACAAACCCUAUAUCUAUAUUUAUAUAUUUGUAUAUUUGCCUUUCAUUUUAUAUAAAUUUUGAAGGCUAUCUGGCAAUUCGUUUAUUAUAUAAGGUACGGUAAGUUAAGGUAGGUUAUUAGAUUACUACUACUGUUAUAGUUCUUUUAUAUUCUAUUCUUCCUACUAUGGCUUCUGUGGAAAAUAUACCACAAUUUAGCCAAUAUCAUGUUACAUAGACCAUGUGUUGCACCAUCGUAUUCCUCGGCAUAGUUUCAAAGUAAAAUACCAAGCCAAUAUCGAAUAUUUAUUUUGAAAUUUUGAUAAGUCACUAUUUAUCAUUAACAAUUGCUAGAACCGGCGAAGAUUGGACGGUUACAGGGUAACAGUUAAAGUUAUGACGUCAUAUAAAAAUUGUUAAAUGGUGCCACACAUUUUUUGCUUAACCGAAACUUUAACACUUAUGUUAAAUUUGUUGCUAAUGUUAGUUGAUGCAACGCAGCUUAAUCGUUUUAGAAACUAUAUGGACAAAGCCUUUUUUAACAUUCUGUUUUUUAAAUUUAUAUUAAUUACUACAACAAUAUACAUAUAUAAACACAAAUAGCAUAGAUAUAAUACUAACAUAGAUCUCCUUUUUUUUUCUGUGGGGAGUUGAUAUUGGAUUCUGCGCAUUCCGAUGGUUUCUUAUUUCAUAGGAUAAGUAAAUUAAUUUCAAUUAAUGUUUAUCAAUUACCUUACUUCUAAGAAUAUGUACAAGUAAUUCUGUAUAUAAGUUUUUAAAGUGUUACUAUAUUAAAUAAGAAUUAUAAAA